UGAAGACAUUUCUGGUGAAGCCAUAUGGCUCGUACGAAGCAAACCGCUCGAAAGUCCACCGGCGGCAAGGCCCCGCGCAAGCAGCUUGCCACCAAGGCUGCUCGCAAGAGCGCGCCGGCCACUGGCGGCGUAAAGAAACCGCACCGCUACCGACCCGGCACCGUGGCGCUGCGCGAGAUCCGCCGCUACCAGAAGUCUACCGAGCUGCUGAUCCGCAAGCUGCCGUUCCAGCGCCUGGUGCGCGAGAUCGCGCAAGACUUCAAGACCGACCUGCGCUUCCAGAGCUCUGCAGUCAUGGCGCUGCAGGAGGCGUCCGAGGCCUACCUGGUGGGGUUGUUCGAGGACACCAACCUGUGCGCCAUCCACGCCAAGCGAGUCACCAUCAUGCCCAAGGACAUCCAGCUCGCCCGCCGUAUCCGUGGGGAGAGAGCAUAAAUUAAGUGUUAAGACUCUAAAACCCAAAGGCUCUUUUAAGAGCCACCCAAUUAUUUCAAGGAAAAUAGCUGUAACCAUAUAAACGGAAUCUGGAAAUAGUGAAACUCAGUAGCAAACAGUCUUUGUCUAAUUUUAUUUUGGUAAAAGUAGGUGGGCGUUUCCCGAGUAGCUUGAUAUCCUUCAUACUGGGUAUAGUGGCUUUGUGUGCAAUAUUAAUGAUUAGGUUUUGCUGACUGAUUGCCUUGUGUCUAAUAACCUUCCUGUGCAACAAAAGUAGUUUGUGCCUGUAAAAUGGGAGUUUACAAUUUUAGAGUGAUUACUUUUUUUGCUUUGCUUUCCAGAAUUUUGUGACUAAACACUGGAGUAAAAGUGAUUUGGAGGGCACUAGUUUAUAUCUUUGAGAAGAAAAAUAAGCUGACUUCUGCUUAACUUUUACAGUGUAUUUCUUUUGACAUUUUUGAAGUUUAGAACAAGUAAACAUUGCUGAAACUUGAGACCCACCAAUUCUUUUCCCCCGAGGUUUUAAGGCCUCUUUUCUACAACUCAGUUGUUCAUUUGUGUACUAUGCAAUGCAAUGGUUGUACCCUUGCAAAUGUGCACCAUUACAAAACACUAAAGUAUAGUUUGUAUAGAUUUACGUGUGUGUUGGGGUUUUAAUAAAGCAACUUUUGGUUUA